UUGUAAGCAGUAUCAAAACUCAUAAUUACACAGGACAUUCUUGUUAGUUUUAUUUCUUUUUUUAAAUCGUCUGUGAUACACAUCUAUAAGUAAAAGUUCGCGAUGAUUUGGGACUUCUUUACAUUUAUACGUGGUGCCAGUGAGUUUAGUGCCACCGCUUUGCUGAUGCUCUUUGGUUGCAUGGGUGAUUCGAUGAACCAGGGUGACGGGAACAAAAGUUUGGUGGCCAGUGUUCACUACGGACUGGCUGUGAUGGUGGUGAUGCACGUGUUUGGCUUCGUUUCGGGAGCCCAUGCAAAUCCCUGCAUCUCGAUCUCGUGCUACUUCAUGGGCUAUAUAGCCUCGGAUUUGAUGAUGAUGUAUGUGGUCUGUCAGAUGGCUGGUGGAUUUGCUGGCUACUUCCUUCUGCUCCAACUGUUACCCAAAGAAGUGGUGGAUGCCAGCAAGCCGGCCGUUUGUCUGGUGGAACCGAUGGCCAGUCUGACCACCAACCAGAUUAUCAGCAUCGAGUGCCUGCUGACCGCGGUCUUCGUGCUCGGAUGGUGUGCCCUGUGGGAUGUGCGAAAUGGACGAUUCCUGGACUCGGUCACCGUUCGAAUGGGUCUCCUCGUGAUCGCCUGCAGUUUUGCAGGGGGCCAAUUAACUGGAGCCUCAAUGAACCCAGCCAAGACUCUAGUGCCUGCCAUCUUUCAAGGCAACCCGGACUCUGUUGUAAUGCAGCUAACUGGCCAGAUCUUGGCCGCCAUCAUGGUCCCCUUUAUCUGGAAUAACGCGUUUACGCCACGUUAUAGGCCCCUGGAAAUACCCAUUUGCACAGGUCUUAACUAGGGCUCUAAACCCCGUGUAUACGAGUAUGUGACAAUAAA